AUGGCACAUAAACUUAUUUAUUUAAAUUUGUUGAAGUUUAUUAUCAGGUAUUUGAAUAUAAGAGAUUCUUAAAUAUUUUAGACAUUGCUAUUUUAUAAAUUAUUAUCAAAUUCAUAAUCAAAUAGUUUAUCAAUUGAUUAAUUUGAUAUUUCAAAUAAUAUUCUAAUUAAUACUUCUCUUAUUUUUACAGAAUAAUAAUCAACACUUAAUUAAGUAGUAAUUAAAUUAUAAAAUAUUCAUUUCUUUAAAAAUAGUAUUCCAAAUGCUUAUAAUUCAUCUGCUUAUCUAUUUUACAUUAUUUGUAUUAGCCUUUAGAUAAAGAAAUUUGAAAUAAUACAAUUUAUUAAUUCGUAAUCAGAUGAGAUAGAAGAUUUGAAGAUCAGCUAACUAAUUGAUGAGUACAAAGUAAAUAAAUAUAUUUUGAACCGAAUGUGUAAAAUCUUUAAAAUAAGUAUCUUCAUAUAUCAUCAAUCAUAAAUUAUUAUAUUAAGGUUGAAAUGUUCCCAUAAAAAUAGCAUGGAUAUUUGAACAAAUUUUGCUUUUAUCAAGUCAAAAGGGGUCUUUAAUACAUAUUUAAAGUAAACAUUCUCAAAACAAGAUAAAAUUAAUUUAGAUAUUAAUAUCAAAUAAUAAUUGUUUAGAAUGUUGGAAUGAAAUAAUUUAAUUUGAUUUAAUAAAAUAUUAUCAGUAUAUAUUCAACAGUUAUAUUGUCUUAAGAAUAAUAUAAGAAAUUUUGGAUGCAUAUUUGCUAAAUCUUAAAAUUAAUAAGAAUCAUAAAUAAAGAUUAAGAAUUCUAUAUUCAAUAUGAAUAUGGGAAAUUUAGGUUCAGCAAUUAUGGCUGAAAAUAUAAGAAUUAAUCUUGUAAAUUUGAAAUUAUUAAAUAAUAUUGCAAGCUAUUAAGGAGGAGCCUUGUAUUUUUCAAAUAAUAACAAUUAAUUUAAAAUAUCUCAAACAAUUCUUUAUAAUAAUAAAGUUAAUAAGGAGGAGGAAUUUACUUAUCAGGUAAUAGUAAAUUAAAUUAAGACAAUUUUAUAAAAUCAUGGAUGAAACUGAAUUCAGCAACUCUCUUACCUAAUAAUCUUUAAGAAAUGCCAACUCAUUUAUCUUUAUCAAUUAAUAAUCUUGAGAUGAAAACUAUUUAGAAAAAGAUAUAUAAUAAAACANUUUCUCCUUAACAGGAAAUAAUAAUAAUUCGUAAUAAAGUUCUUUAUACAUAUCUCAUUUAAUUUCAGAAAGAAAUGUAUUGACCAAUUCAACAAAUUCCUUUAUUUAUAUCAGUAAGAAUUUAGUCUGAGUUAAAAAUUUUGUAUUAAUAGUCAUAAUUAAUUAAUCUAAUCAUUUUGGAAUAAAUAAUUUAACAUAAAUAUAUAAGAAAAUUUUAAUUAAGAUAUCAUCAAUUAAUUGAUUAAUAAAGUAUUUAAAAUUUAAAAUAAAGGAGGUGCCCUUGCAAUAACAACAGAACAUUUUACAAUAAAUAAUUGUUUUUUUCAGGAUAUAUUUGCUUAAAAUAGCUCUAUACUUGAUAUUGUUACUGAAGGCUUAGGUAAAGUAAUCAUAACAAACUGUUCUAUUAUAUAGGCAUCCAAUAUUUUCUCUUAAAUUGGAGAGAAUGAUGGAGCCAUAUCAAUAUAUUCAAAAAAUAGUCUUUUAGAACUUAAAUUUCAAAAUAUAACCUUUAAAGAGAUAUAAAAUAGAUUGACAUCAUCAAUAUUAUCAGUUGUUCCAUCAUUUAAGUCUAAUUUAAUUAUAUUUUAAAAUAUCGUCAUUUAAAAUUGUUUCUCUUAAGUAAAUUAGUUUAUAAAAUAGAGUUUUAACUAUUAAAUCUUAAAUGAAAUAACUAUCUAUUAAAUUUAGAAAAUAACAUAUGAUAAUGCCUUUAUUAAUUUAUAAGGAUGUAAUUUAAGAAUUAAUAAUUUUACGUUUCAAAGCAUUUAUUGUCUUCGAUUCUAAAAGUUUUAGAUACAUAUACUUUAUAACUAGCAAACAUAAUUAUAUUUGAGCUUUAAUCAAUUUAUUAAUUAACAUGAUUCAUAUUGGAUAAACGAAUUCCAUAUAAUUUUGAGUUGUUUUAACAUCAAUCAUAAAUUAUUAUAUUAAGGUUGAAAUGUUCCCAUAAAAAUAGCAUGGAUAUUUGAACAAAUUUUGCUUUUAUCAAGUCAAAAGGGGUCUUUAAUACAUAUUUAAAGUAAACAUUCUCAAAACAAGAUAAAAUUAAUUUAGAUAUUAAUAUCAAAUAAUAAUUGUUUAGAAUGUUGGAAUGAAAUAAUUUAAUUUGAUUUAAUAAAAUAUUAUCAGUAUAUAUUCAACAGUUAUAUUGUCUUAAGAAUAAUAUAAGAAAUUUUGGAUGCAUAUUUGCUAAAUCUUAAAAUUAAUAAGAAUCAUAAAUAAAGAUUAAGAAUUCUAUAUUCAAUAUGAAUAUGGGAAAUUUAGGUUCAGCAAUUAUGGCUGAAAAUAUAAGAAUUAAUCUUGUAAAUUUGAAAUUAUUAAAUAAUAUUGCAAGCUAUUAAGGAGGAGCCUUGUAUUUUUCAAAUAAUAACAAUUAAUUUAAAAUAUCUCAAACAAUUCUUUAUAAUAAUAAAGUUAAUAAGGAGGAGGAAUUUACUUAUCAGGUAAUAGUAAAUUAAAUUAAGACAAUUUUAUAAAAUCAUGGAUGAAACUGAAUUCAGCAACUCUCUUACCUAAUAAUCUUUAAGAAAUGCCAACUCAUUUAUCUUUAUCAAUUAAUAAUCUUGAGAUGAAAACUAUUUAGAAAAAGAUAUAUAAUAAAACAUCAAAUAUUUUGUUUUUAUAACCUUAUCUUGUAAUUGAAUAAGGAAAGGUGUAAUUAACUAAAUUAUUAAUGUUACCAAGCAAUUAAGAAAUUAUUAAUGAUAAAAUAUAUAAUCAAUCAUAACUUAAAUUUGAGAAUUAUUUAGAAGAAUUUUCAAUAUCUUAUAAAAAUAAUCUUAAUGAAAUACUACCUAAUUUUUCUAAUUCUACAUGUGAAAUUUUUAUGUAAACAUUAUUAAAUGAUACUCUGAUUGAUUCUGCAAAUAUUGCAAAUAUUGAAUAUCAUUAUGAAUCAAAAAAUUUUGACUUAAGAUUUUUAUCUAUAACUGUUGAUCCAUACAAAUAAAAUUAUCAAAUCAAUUAAAUUUAGAUUGCUUGCCACCUUAAUGAUUAAUCUGACACUUUGUUAUAUUAUAUUGAAAUUGAAGGUUUUAUGUGCUAAUUAGGGGAGUUUUAUUUUUAAUCAGGUUGUUAAAUAUGUUAACCAAGCUAAGGAUAUUAUUCUGUAACAUAUUGUUAAAAUAAUUCUAAAUUUAUAAAAUCUAAUAUAAUUUACAAAUAAUACUUAUUUUUAACAGUUUUUUAAUACAAAGCUACAAAAUGUUCCAUUUUUUAUUAACAUAAAUUUCAAUCUAUAACUUCAAAUUAGAUUUAACUCAAGAAGGGUUAUUAGAGACCUAAUUAUUAAUCUGAUAUGAUUGAACAGUGUUUCAAAUUUGUUGAUUGUUGUGAAGGAUGAUGGGUUGUGUCAGAUAAUUUAUGUUUAGUAGGACAUAUUGGAGGUUUGUGUGAAGAAUGUGACAUGUAUGAUAUACGAGGACAAGGAAAUUAUUUUUAAAUUAAUUAAACAAAUCUUGUUAAGAUUGUAGAGAUGCAAUUAAUAGUGUAUUUCCUUUUGUUCUUACAUCAAUAUGGUAUUGUAUAAUAAUAUGAUUUAAUAGGGCCCUUAUUUCAACUCUUCUAACUCUAAGAAGUAUUGAUAAGUCUAAUAAAUUAUUUUCUUCUUUGAAAAUAAGAUAAAGAUUUUUGAAGAUUAUAUUUAAACUAAAUCAAGGUAAUAUAAUAAUUAUAUAUAGAUCAUGAGAGUAUCCUACUUAAAUUAUUUCUUAAUUAUGUAUAGAUAUUUUCAGUAAUUUUUACUUUUAAUUUUUAAUUUUCAUUUUCAUUUUCAUUCAUUAUUUAGACAAGUAACACAUCAUACUUUAUGGCUAACAAUUUAGAUUGCUAUUUAUCAGAAAUCUAAUUGUUAAUAAUAUGUAUAGAGUUUAAGUUAUAAGAAAUUUAAUAGCAGCAUAAUAUCUACUACACUCUUGUACUUAUAUGUAUCAAAUUAUGCUACAUUGAUUAAAUAAUAAUUAUUUUAGAUUAUUUUAAUUAUUGACUAAGAGAAUUAUAUCUGAUAUAGAAUAUAUAUCGGGAGAUGUAUCGUUACUUUAUAAUUCACCAAGUCAUUAAAAAUGGAUUAUUGGCUUUGCUUUACCAGGAUUAGGAUUGAUUGGAUGUCUCAUCCCAUCUUCUCUCUUUCUACUCUUAUACAUCUAAAGAGACAAACUAGAUAAGAUAAAGUUUAUAAGGCAUAUAUGUUAUCUAUUCAAUGAAAUAUAAUGA